AUGCAGAGCGGCCAGCAGCAAGCGAGGAGGAAGAACGCGCAGGUGCUGGACGGGUCGGACAUCCGCGAGCUGGUGGAGAACGAGGGGGCGUUCGCCAAGUUCGUGGAGAACAAGUUCCGGCACCUUGACGCCGACGGCGACGGGAGGCUGUCGCUGAGGGAGCUCCAGCCCGCCGUCGCGGACAUCGGCGCCGCCAUCGGGCUGCCGGCCAGGGGGUCGUCGGCGCAGGCGGACCACAUCUACUCCGAGGUUCUAAAUGAGUUCACCCAUGGGAAGCAAGAUUCGGUGAGCAAGCCGGAGUUCCAGCACGUGCUGUCCGACAUACUCCUCGGCAUGGCGGCCGGGCUCAAGAGGGACCCGAUCAUGAUCCUCAGGAUGGACGGGGAAGACCUGAACGAGUUUGUCGAGAGCACGGCGUACGAAGCAGAGGCGGUCGCCAUAUUCUCUCAAAUCGAGUCCGGAAGUGCGUUGUUGCGACAAUGUUUGCCCGCCGCUCUUCGACAGCUGACGGUCGAUCACGGCAUGCCACCGGCUUCGGAUUCUCUGGUUAUGGAGAAGGUCAUAGAACCUGCAUUGCAGGAACUGCCGGCAGAUCAGCUCGAUCGCCCGGCGUCGCAAGAGGUCUUCUUCCAGGAAUUCAAGAAGUACUUGGCAGUGAUCGCCCAGCGACUCCAGGAGUGCCCGGUAAUUGUGGCGCACACUGAAAACACCUUUGAUGGGGCUGGCAUUAGGAAGAUACUGUCUAAGAAGUUCGAGUUCGACAAGCUGCUGGAUUCCGUCUGGGUAGAUGUACCAAAGGAACACAAAGAUGGGACAUCGAAGAAGUACCUUCGCGUCGCGCUUGACAAGUUGGCCGCCUCAGUAAAUCUACCACCAUAUGGAGCUGUUGACCAGGUAAUUUAG